CCCAGUGAUAUUAUUCAGCCAACAAAAACAUUAUCUGUAGAAACUGUGGCAAAUGUGGUCAUUUAUCAAAAAACUGCCCCUUACCACCAAAAGUUCGUGGCUGCUUCCUGUACUCUGAGAAAGGACACCUCCUAUAUGCCUGUCCAGCCCCACUUUGCGAAUACUGUCCUGUGCCUAAGAUGUUGGACCACUCAUGUAUUUUCAGACGUUCCUGGGAUAAACAGUGUGACCGAUGUCAUAUGCUAGGCCACUAUACAGUCGCUUGCACAGAAAUCUGGAGGCAGUAUCACCUAACAACCAAACCUGGACCACCCAAAAAGCCGAAGACCCCUUCAAGACCAUCAGCCUUAGCAUAUUGCUAUCACUGCACGCAGAAAGGCCAUUAUGGACACGAAUGUCUAGAAAGAGAAGUGUAUGAUCCCUCUCCAGUAUCUCGAUUCAUCUGCCACUGUGAUGACAAAUAUGAAAUUCAGGAGAGAGAAAAGAGACUAAAACAAAAAAUAAAAGUCCUAAAGAAAAACAAGGAUUUCCCAGAGCCAUCCAUGCUGCCUUACAUAGAAGGAGCAAAUGACAACCUCUACCAUGAUACAAGAAAGGGUCAUGCCUCGAGGAAAAGCAACAGGUGGCCUCAAGAAAAUAAAGACACACAAAAAGAAAUGAAGAACAAGAAUAGAAACUGGGGGAAGCACAAGAGGGCUGACAGACAUCGUGAAGUGAAUGAAGAUUAUCCCAGGGGCCCCAAAACCUACUCCUCUCCUGGCAGUUUUAAAACCCAGAAGCCUUCCAGACCCUUUCACCAUUCAUCAUAUUACCACACAUCAAGAGAAGACAAGUAUCCCAAGGAGGGCAAGAGGGGCAAGCAGAAAAAAAAGGAGAAGUGUUUGGAAGAUGAUGACAAUGAUAAUUUAUUUCUUAUUAAGCAGAGGGAAAAAAAGUCUUAUGCUUUGAGGCAGCCUCUGAUGUGGCUUUCCGUUGUUCAUUUGGCCUGUGUGUCUAUAACCUUUUGGCAGUGUGUUUAUUAUCUUGGAUUAAAUAAAUGUCUUCCUACGAUACGAGUCAAAUGA